AUGACCGUCAAGCUCCGGUUUCACUGUGGGCUGGGUCUGCUCAUUCAGGAGAAUACACCAGGCCUACGUGAUGCUGAGGUGCUGCAGCUGCAAACGAGAGGGCGCUGGUGGGAGGAGCGCGCCACUACACGGAGGCGCACUCACGCACACGCAGUAGUCGCACUUUGCUCCUUCAGACUCGGGUCAGAGUGUAGAGUUAUGGAGGUCCGGAUUACCUGCACACUCGGUCUGUGCCUCACUCUUCUGCUGAGAUGCACCAAAGUGUGGGCCUUCAACCUGGACACGGAGAAUGUUCUGCAAAAGACCGGGGACGCGGACAGUCUGUUCGGCUUCUCUCUCGCCAUGCACUGGCAACUUGAGCCGGUGGACCGAAGACUGCUCCUGGUUGGUGCCCCCAGAGCGAAGGCGCUGAAGGGUCAGAAGUCUAAAGUGACUGGAGGACUGUACGCCUGUGACAUGACCUCCACCUCCCCCUCAUGUGACAGGGUCAUUUUUGAUAAUGAAGAGGAUUUGACGACUGAAAACAAAGAGAACCAAUGGAUGGGUGUGUCUGUCAGCAGUCAAGGGCCAGGGGGCAAGAUUGUGACCUGCGCUCAUCGAUAUCAGAUAAGAGCAGCUGGUGGAGAGUCCCGGGACAUCACAGGGCGCUGCUACAUGCUCAAUCAGGACCUGACCAUAAACGAGGACUCAGGGGCUGGCGAGGGCGGGAGCUGGCACUUCUGCAAGAGUCGACCCAGAGGACAUGAGCUGUUCGGCUCCUGUCAACAGGGUGUAGCUGCUAUCUUCGACGCUGACUUUCACUAUAUCAUUUUUGGAGCUCCUGGUGCAUACAACUGGAAAGGCAUUGUUCGAUUGGAACAAAGAAAUGACACCUUUAUUGAAAUGGGCAUCUAUGAAGAUGGUCCCUUUGAGCUCGGAGAUGAAAAUGAGAAAGAUCCAUCGCUGAUCCCAGCUCCUGUGAACAGUUACCUUGGCUUCUCUCUGGACUCAGGUAAGAGUCUGACUAAGAAGGGCCAGUUGACGGUGGUGGCAGGCGCUCCCAGAGCAUACUACAGUGGAGCAGUGGUUCUCCUGAAGAGAGGACCAGAGUCCACCAGGACUGUCCUGAUGGAGUACUCUCUGGAGGGGGAGGGCCUGUCCUCGUCUUUCGGAUAUGAUGUUGCCGUCCUCGAUCUCAAUGGAGAUGGUUGGGAGGAUAUUGUAGUUGGAGCCCCUCAAUAUUUUGAGAAGGAUGGAGAAAUUGGAGGAGCUGUCUAUGUGUAUCUUAACAAGGCCGGAAAAUGGAACAAGGUUAAACCCACAAGAAUCGACGGACCUAAGGACUCAAUGUUUGGCCUUUCUGUGGCAAACAUUGGUGACAUUAAUCAAGAUGGUUUUCAAGAUUUUGCGGUGGGAGCUCCUAAUCAUGAUGACGGCAUUGGAAGUGUUUACAUAUACCACGGUUCUGCUGCAGGUCUGAAGUCCAAAAAAGCAGCUCAGAUUUUGUCUGGGAAGCCUUUGGGGAUGAAAAUGUUUGGAUACUCUUUGGCUGGAAACAUGGAUCUGGAUAAAAACUCAUACCCAGACCUCGCAGUGGGCUCCUUGUCUGACGCCAUCACCGUCUACAGGGCACGUCCAGUAAUCAGCAUUGAUAAGACGAUUACUUUCACACCGAAAGAAAUUGACCUCACCCAGAAGAACUGCAAUGGCAAAUUUUGCCUGGAUGUCGAGGCAUGCUUCACCUAUACUGCCAAUCCUCCCAGUUACUCUCCAAAUCUGGUGGUCAGUUAUUCCUUGCAGGCAGAUGCUGACCAUCGUAAAUACAAACUUUCCCCGAGGGCCACUUUCGAGGAUAACAGCUUUGAGUCAAAAGGCACCAUCACCUUGGACAGUAAAGGCAAGAAAAAGUGUUUUAAACGUCAGCUCACCAUAGAGGAUGAUAUUCGCGACAAGCUUAGUGGCAUUCCUAUCGAUGUUUCUGUUAAAAUUGAAGAUACCAAACGCAAUCGCAGACAGAGCGUUGCCGCACCAUCCCCUGUUCUUGAUGCCAAUGUACCAAAUACAACCCGCUCAACGGUGCAUUUUCUGAAAGAAGGGUGCGGUAAAGACAACGUGUGUCAGAGCAACCUGCAGCUUAAAUUUCGAUACGGCUACAAAAAAUCAGCCGAGGAAGCCUUCACGCCACUUGACAUGGAGGAUGGUGUGCAGGUCAUUUCCUUAAGUGACCAAAAGGAGAUUGCCUUGGAAGUGACAGUGACCAACCAAGACGGAGAUGAUGCAUAUGAAGCUAGCCUGAAUGCUACUUUACCGCCUUCUCUCGUCUACUCAAACUAUAUCCCUUCACCUGACCACUUUAUGUCAUGUAAUGCCAACAGAGAAGGGACUGAAGUUAUGUGUGGACUUGGAAACCCCUUUAAGGGAAACUUAGAGACAACCUUCUACAUUAUCCUGGGAACAGCAAAAAUCAUCGUUGACACAACUGAGGUGGAAAUAGAACUUAUUCCUUCCACGACAAGUGGUCAGAAAAUGGUCCCUGUCAAGGCAAAGGCAAAAGUGGCCCUCCUGCUGGAGAUGACAAUCACAGGUGUGGCCAAACCAUCUCAGGUCUACUUCUCUGGAAAAGUGAAAGGGGAAAGUGCCAUGAAAAAGGAAACUGACAUCGGCAGUGCAAUUGCUCACCAGUUCAGAAUAAUCAAUCUUGGGAAAAAGCUGACAGAUUUUGGCACUCCGUCUCUUGAGAUUGACUGGCCUAUAAACACUGCAGAUCUUAAAUGGCUCCUAUAUCUGGUGAAUAUAAGCGCCACAGGAUUGGACAAGUUUGAGUGCUUUCCAAAGGAUGUGAUUAACAGCCUGCCAGUGGAACUAAAAACUAGAAGCAGAAGAGCUAUACAGAGGAAAGACAAGGCUACGCUUUCAAGACUAGUUGAUAAGAAAUACAAAACUUUGUCCUGUGACGAUGGAGCAAAAUGUGUGAAGAUCAAGUGCCCCCUGCAGGGCAUGGACAGUAAUGCAGUGGUCACUCUGUACUCUCGCCUGUGGAACAGCACUUUCAUAGAGGAAUACUCUGACCUACAUCAUGUGGAAGUGAUUUUGAAGGCAUCUCUCAGCCUUUCCAGCACACAAAAGAACACAAAACUACAAAAUGCAGAGUCAGAGGUGAGCCUGACUGUGUUCCCAGAAAAGCAGUCAGCGCAGUACGGAGGAGGGGUCCCGUGGUGGAUCAUUGUGCUGUCCAUACUCUUUGGGCUGCUUUUGUUAGCACUACUGGCUUUUCUUCUUUGGAAGUGCGGAGUCUUUGACAAAAAUGAUAAGGAGCAUCACCCAGAAAAAGAGAGACUGACAAAUGCGUAG